CGGUGUCCCAUUGCCAUUGAGCAACGGCGUGCCAGGAUUUGACCUUACGAGAUCCGAGUUUGUUUGUACUUGUGUACGUGUCGCGUUCUUGGUGAUUGUUACUCUUCGCGUUUGUCGAGUGACCUUGCCGUCGGCGUUUUUCGGUCUCUCGCUCUGUUUCUUCUCACAUCAGCGGAACAGAUCGUGUUCGCGGACAUGGAGGUCUUUCAGCGUCUACCGGAUGAACUUGAACAGAAACUCGAGGCACUAGUCUCGGUAGCAGAAAUUCUGGGCCUCGACGAUAUGUCUUUUGCAAACUAUUCGCGCGCCCUCGUCCAGCUUUCGGAGGAGCAGCUCUCCUUAAAGCAAACACUAAUUCGCUUGGCGUUUAUCGAGAGGCAGCUCACAGCUCAUCUCGCCACAGCCAAGCACGAGCAUCAUCAGAUACGAAAGUGGACGGAACAUUUUCAAUCGGACAUUCAGUCCGGCGAGUCAAUGGAAGAGACCACCCGCAGACGGGAUGCACUCCUACGUAAAGCAAAGGAAUAUCGCAAAGAACUUACCACGCUCCCGAUCUCAGAGCCCUCUGUCACAAUCUCUGACCUUGUAGCCCAAUCCGACCGUAUCAAGCAGCGCCAGGAGCAAAUUAAAGUGAAGCGGAACAAGACCAAGGCGUUCAAGGGCGUGUCGCCGAACCUGGACCUUGCUCGUACGCAACUCCGUGAGGCCCGUGCAGAGCAGAUGAAACUUUUUCAAUUGCGCGAGAGGCUCAUGGAAAAGAUGACAAGCACCGUUUCUUAACGAUGACCGGGGAUUAGCUGUAGAAUCAAAUUCGGCAAAUAGUGGGCGACGAUUGCUUUAGGUCGCCAACUUGAAAAAGGCAGCGUCAGAAAGAGUGCCUUUCGUUCGAUCUGAUGUCCGGUGUACGGACUGGGAGGCCUAGUUAUAUCCUUCCUGUCGGCCGGACCUGUUAAGAAUAUAAGUAGUCGAGUUAAUGCACAGUCGGUAAAUACCUGAAGUCAAACCCGAGUUGUAGUGAGAAUGCCCGAACGCUGAAUAUAAUUUCGACGGCAUUUAUAUACUGGAG